AUGAAAUUCCCUACAACUCUCUUUGGUGUCACUUUAUUUUUGGUCUCAUCAACUGGAGCCGGUAUUACUACAUAUAAUCCAUACGAGUCUGUGACUUGGAAUGGAGGUGAAAAAGAAACAAUAACUUGGGUUGAUGAUCGCAAAGUUCCUACAUUAAAUAAAAUUGGAGAAGUAACUAUAGAAUUAAUGGCUGGUGGACCAGAAAACCAGCAUGUUGUUACUAAUAUUGGUAAAGCUCUUGCAACUGCUAAAACGUUUACCUACACAGUACCUAAAGACGUUGGUCCUCCCGGUAACUUCUACUUCAUUAAAUAUACCACGGAAAGUUACUUCGCUUUCUCAGGGAGAUUUAGUAUUGAAGGAGUUAAUGGAAAUAUCGAAGGAUUUGAUCCAAAAACUCCAAAUGUUAAGAGUCCAGUCAAUAAUAUUACUACUACCACCAUUUCUUCUACUUCAUCAUAUCUAACACCCAGUCAAACUGGUGCAAGCCAAAAUUCUUCCCCAAGUGAAACAAAAAAUCCCGGAGAUAAAAGCAAUGAUUCUGUACCAAAGAAAUCUUCACCCGACGACGAUCAAGCCAAUGAUGCAAGUAGUUUUCUACCAAGCUUUCUCGGUAUAACUACCUCUGCAUUCGCCUUGACUCUUACCUAUUUGUAUUAA